AUGAUUUGCCCAAAGCGGCAGCAAAAAUUGUUAAUUGCUACUGAUAAAAAAAGAAAAAAAUCGAGCAAAUUAGAAAUGCUAAAACAUAGAAAAGUAGAAAAAAGGUUCCACUUGUUUAUUUUGUUAUGGUUGUCAUCGACAUCACCAGACGGGAAGAAGGCGAAAGCUUAUCCGGAAAGCGUCUUCCAUUCUUCUGAAAUCUUUUGUCUGUUUAAAGAUGUUUUAAAAUGA